GCGUUGUUUCUCUGUGUGCCUAUGUGUGUCUCUGUGUGUCUCUGUGUCAUCUCUCUCUGUGUGUCUAUGUGUGUGUGUGUCUCUCUGUGUGUCUUUGUGUCAUCUCUCUCCCUCUGCUUAUGUGUCUGUCUGUGUGUCUCCGUGUCUCUCUCUCAAAUUGAGCAAUCUUUGGAAGAACGUUAUCAACCAGGCGGGCUGUUGACUCUUAUGUUAGCCGACUCUCUGUGUUGUGUUGCAUUACAUUUCUAAGUUUAAUAGGUUUUUUUAAUCUUUCAUUUGUACCUGAUGAUGAUUGCUUGUGUUGCAAUCGAAACGUCGCAUGAUAUUUGCACACAGAGUUGGUGUACGGUGCUUUUUGUGGAAUAUUUUGCUGUUUUUCCCUGGAUUUUAUGUUUGCACAGUCACAUAGUCACUUUAAGAUGUUUUCUCUUUCAUGUUUUUGUUUUUUGUUUGUUGCGGUUGCAUCCGAUUCAAGAGCCGAAUGGCUCACGGGGCUAUACCAAAUAAAUGAAACUGAAACUAUUAUUUAAUUUAUUUAUUUAUUCUACGUGACUUACCGAAAGUACCAAAGAGUAUCUUGCUUAAUUUUAAUUUUUCUUCACCUGGCUCGCUACUUUGUAACUUUGUUUUAUUUUAAAUAUUCACAGUAUUUUUUUCAUUUUUUACCAGGCCACGCCCGCUUGAGCUGCUGUACCGCUCUUGUUUUCAGAAGCAACCUGCCCACAACAACAACAUCAACAAGCUGUCACUGCCUCUGCAGAAUUGGUCUCAUGGAGCAAAGGCAAUCAGUGCGGCUCGGUGCAAAAAGGCAACAAUGCGACCGGUGUGCAUACAGCACGGAUUGUCCUGCACAUUUGACACGGCACCAGAGAACUCACACGGGAGAUAAACCCUUCAAGUGCAGUGUGUGUGGGAAGGCGUUUGCACAUUCAUCUACUCUUGUAGAACACCAGAGAACACACACGGGAGAGAAACCCUUCAAGUGCAGUGUGUGUGGGAAGGCAUUUGCACAUUCAUCUACUCUUGUAAAACACCAGCGAACACACACGGGAGAUAAACCCUUCAAGUGCAGUGUGUGUGGGAAGGCGUUUGCACAGUCAUAUGCUCUUGUAAUACACCAGAGAAACCACACGGGAGAGAAACCAUUCAAGUGCAGUGUGUGUGGGAAGGCGUUUACACUUUCAUCUACUCUUGUAGAACACCAGAGAAUACACAUGGGAGAGAAACCCUUCAAGUGCAGUGUGUGUGGGAAGGCGUUUGGACAGUCAUCUGCUCUUGUCAAACAUCAGAGAACACACACGGGCGAGAAACCCUUCAAGUGCAGAGUGUGUGGGAAGGCGUUUGCACAUUCAUCUGCUCUUGUAGUACACCAGAGAACCCACACGGGAGAUAAACCCUUCAAGUGCGGUGUGUGUGGGAAGGCGUUUGCAAUUUCAUCUACUCUUGUAGAACACCAGAGAAUACACACGGGAGAGAAACCCUUCAAGUGCAGAGUGUGUGGGAAGGCGUUUGCACAGUCAUCUACUCGUGAAGCACACCAGAGAACACACACGGGAGAGAAACCCUUCAAGUGCAGUGUGUGUGGGAAGGCGUUUGCACAGUCAUCUGCUCUUGUAAUACACCAGAGAACCCAUACGGGAGAUAAACCCUUCAAGUGCAGUGCGUGUGGGAGGGCGUUUACACAGUCACAUCAUGUUGUAGCACACCAGAGAACACACACGGGAGAGAAAUCCUUCAAUUGCAGUGUGUUUGGGAAGGAGUUUGCACAUUCAUCAAAUCUUCAUGUACACCAGAGAACACACAAGCAUCAGAAUAUCCACCAGGAGUGGAGUCUGAAAUCAGCUUGUGAAAGUCAAAGUGCCGCAAUGAGCCCAUCCCUCAUCAAACAAGAACCGGAAGAAAAUCCCAGCUUGGACACUUUCAAAGGUAUCAAGGUGAAAUAUGAAGAGGUGAAGGUGAAAUGUGAAGAAGUGAUGGUGAAGAGCGAAGAAGCGAAGGUAAAAUGUGAAGAUGAAGAUUCAACUCCAAAAUCGGACCUUCGCAUUGAUGGAGGCAACGUGGAGCAGGAGGAGAAUUCUGACUGUGAGGCAGAGCGAGGCAACUCCCAGCAGUUUGUGGAAGUGGAGGUGUGGAUGGACUUCCUCCGAGACAAUACAAAGUCAAAUGGAGACCCGGUAGAUGUGUAAGCCAGUGACGAUGUCGCUCCAAUAGAUGAACCUUUGUCACAGGUCUUUAAUGACAAGAAUUCCUAGGUUGAACCUGCAGAGUAAGAGCAGACAGUCUUUGUGGACCUUUGGGUUGCAUUGAUCUCUAACCAGGAGCGGGAGCCAAUAAGCUCCCAAGCAUUCACUAUGUUAUCAAUUGCAUUUAUAUGGUGCUUGCUUAAUCGCCUCGGCAACUCGGAGUUUUGUAUCGUAUCUCGUUUCAAACACUCGAAGAGCAUCCCCAAGUAGCAGCUGCCCCUGUGUGGCACAAGGUGGUGGCCCUGCACCGGCCUGCAUGUGGACAAGAGCCUGUCAGUAGGGGACAAUGGUGUGGCAUCUCGUUUGUGGAAUUUGUAGAUAAUGUUUUUAGAAUUUGCUACAUUUUGACCCAGACGCCAACAUGCAAUGGCCUACUCGUUUUGAAUGGCACAAUAGUAUGUUGUAUAUACACUGUUAAGCAGACAGUGUUUUUUGUUUAUCUUGUUAAUAGGAUUUAACCUGAUGCAGCAUAUUUCAGUGCAGUAAUUUAACUUCGUAAAAAUUGUCAAUAAUUUAGAAUGAAUACUUGUCUGAUUGUGUGCGUACAUGUAACAUUUUGUCUAUAAGGGUCAAACAUUGAAUAACUGAUGUUAGGACAAAGUGUGUGUUUUGCAAGUAACCUGUACAGAUCACUCAAGUGAGACUCCUUGUUCUUGUGAUACAGGUCAAAGGGUAUUUUUGUGUUUUCAGGAAGCAUCUCCCUCUGGAGCAACUCAUUGUCUUUGAAAUAGGGAGCACACUCGGAUCAUUAAUCUGUUACAAGGCAUACCACUCAAAAGUUACACGUAGAGGAGAUACAUUCUCAACAACACGAAUUAUAAUUUUGUAUUACGUGUUGACGUAGAUUUUGUCGAAUUAGGACGAGAAAUGGCCCUUGCCGAUUAACGUCUGGAUGUUCACAACCAUGGGGUUGAAGCAAGCCGGACGGCCUGCGGUGCCCCUCACAACCAUUUACGGCCUUGGGCCAGGAAAGUCACGAAAAAAUUGCACACGAACGACGCAUCCACGCAAGCACCCGAUGCUCCGUUUUGAAGUUUUCAAAUGAAACAACUUUGAAUUGUAUUAUGUUUUGAAUUGUGUUUCUUCAAUAAAAGCUUAUAUCAUUUUACAUCUGGAAGACUUAAUUGAAAACGACAUUUCGUGUGAAUUUUCUCUCGUCGUUAAGUAGAUGGCCUUGCCGGGGAUUCGGUUCGAUGCGGACUUUCACCUGGUUGGGAUCGCGGGAUUGAGAUGAGGCGACACAGAGCUGGCCGUGCGAGAAGACCGCUGUCUGCAGAUCGAUUCCAACGUGAUCGAACGUCUGUCCCUGUGCCUCCGUCGUUCAUGCAGGGGGCGCGUAGGGUUAUAGCGCCCCCUGCAUGAAAAUGACGGAAAGUGCAGCAUUCAU